AUGCCAUCGUCGCAUCUGUUGAUUUUAUCUUUGCUCCUGACACUGCUUGCAGUUGUUCAAUGCGGUCCUGGAGCUGACCAAGGAUGGGGAUACGACGUUGAGAAUGGGCCGGAGACUUGGCAAGGAAAGUGUCAGAAUCACUUGAAGCAGUCGCCAAUUGAUAUUCGUGCACCCGAUGUUGACUAUGCCCUUCUUCACCGUAUGCACUUCAUGAACUAUGAUAUGGAUGGGAAAAUUGAGUUGAGUAACACAGGAAGAACAUUGUUUGCCGGAGGUUUCGAGCAUUGGCAGCAUCGGCAACCGAUGAUUCAGGGUGGAGGGCUGAAGCACAGAUACAAGUUGGUGCAAUUUCAUCUUCAUUGGGGACAGAAUGAUGCUGUGGGAUCGGAACACGCUUUGGGAUCUUUGCAUUAUCCAGCUGAGCUUCACUUGGUCCAUGUCCGCGAAGGUUUGACCCUCCACGAAGCUCUUACUCGUCCUGAUGGAUUGGCCGUAGUUGGUGUAUUCCUUGCAAAAACCAACGACCCAGUAGCCAACAACUUCUCGCCAAUAUCCGAGCGUCUACAUGACUUGAGACAUUCCGGAAACGUCACUGAACUCAAGAACUUCCGCACAAAAUAUGUUCUUCCAUUGGACACGGAAGCGUUCUAUCGUUACGAAGGAAGUCUCACUACCCCGGAUUGUAGUGAGGCUGUUAUCUGGACGGUGCUCGCCGAGCCCAUGGCGAUUUCGAGUCAUCAGCUUCACCUCCUCCGUCAAUUGCAUAACAAGGAGCUCGUCAAGUCCGACAAGAACUACCGCCCUCUCCAGCCAUUGAACGGUCGUCGCAUCCAAUACAGACCAAGCAAACUUGAUCGAGCCAUGAUUUGUUCGUCUGCUGAAGUCGCUUCAAUCUUCUCCACCGUCUUUGCUGUUUAUGUGGCCAUGAUUGUCUAG